GUAAUAGAUGCAGCUGCAGCGGCGCAUGUCCUCCCGCUCAGGUCACGUGCUCUGUGUUGACUGAAGAGAAAUAAAACAUCUCUGCAGCAGAGAGGCUAACGGCUAACAGCUCGAGGCUAACGGCGGAGCUAACAGCGGAGAACCAGCCAGAGGUUUAACGCCGACACAGUAUGAGUUAGCCAGCCGCGGUCCGGUGACGUUCACAGGGUUGUCAGGUGUGUGUAGCAGCAGGAUGCCCAUCCCUCCACCAGGGGGACCCCCGCCUCCCCCCACCUUCAGCCAGGCCAACACCAGCCCUCCAAAGCUGAACAGGGAGGAGGUCAAAGGUCGCGGCGCUCUGCUGUCCGACAUCUGUAAAGGCACCAAGCUAAGAAAGGUGUCGGUGGUGAACGACCGCAGCGCUCCGCUGCUCGACAGUAAGAUCCAAACACCAAAGAGCCAAACACCUUCCACAGAGCACCCAUACAUUCGCUUAUACCAAUACCUGCACCAGCAACCGAGCCAGCAGGGGGCGGCGUCUGAGGAGCAGAAGAAGAUGGCCGGAGAGGAGCGCUCUGCUCUCUCCCUGGAGAAGCCCAAACGAGGCGUAGCAUCAACAGGAGGAGCCAAUGGGAGCAGAGAAGCCAGCCCAUCAGGUUCUGUUCCACCAAUCGGAGGACUGUUCUCAGGCGGAGUUCCCAAACUGAGGCCAGUUGGAGACGGCUCAUCUGGACGUUUGCCCUCCACCCGAGCUGCCGCCCCCCGCCCCCCAAGUCAUCACCAUGACGACGCAGAGAGCCCCUCCCCUCAGGCGCUGUCGCCAUCGGAGACGAGUCGCUCCCAGCGUCCUUCACUUCCCAACCUGUCCUCCUCUCCCUCCCCCUCCUCCCCCUACUCUGCUGCCUCCUCCCCCUCCACCAGCAUGAAGCACUCCUUCUCCGCCCCCCCUCCCCCUCCUCCUCUCUGUCGCCGUGGUAAUGCCCCCUCCCCUCCCACCUCAUCCUCAUCUUACAACAGGGAGAAGCUCCUCCCUCUUGCACCGAACAGCACCCCUCCCCUCCCUUCAAAACCUCCCCCGUCCCCUGGCACCAGCCGACGCCCUCCCACCUCAGGCGGUAACUCUCCCUCUUCCACUCCCUCCUCCUCUCUGGCUCCCCCCCCUCUAUCUUACCGCAUCAACAACGGUCUGACAAGUAGCGGCGGUGAGGUGGCGCCCGACCUGCCACAGCGUCACAACUCCCUCAGCAACAGGAGGCCAGCCCCGUCACCUGGAGGCCACACCCCCACCAGAGGCCCUGCCCCACCCCCUCCACCUGCUUCUCCCACGCCCUCCCAACAGGGCUCCAACAGGCCGCCGCCCCUCGUUAGAGAGGCGCCAGGUAGAGGAGCAGCUCCUCCUGUUCCCGUCCAAUCAUCGUCCUCGAGGGCGGCAAGCAGAGAAGCCCCGCCUCCUCCUCCUUAUAGAAUACAUGGUAGCCCCUCCCUCUCAUCUGAUCCCCACACCAGAGGGAAACCCCCUCCCCCACCCACCCGCACCCCCGCUGCGCCUCCCCCUCCUCUCCGCAACGGACACUCCUCCUCCUCCAUCCCUCACUCAUUCGUCGACGACUUUGAGUCCAAGUAUUCGUUUCAUCCUCUGGAUGAUUUCCCUCCUCCGGACGAGUUCCGACACUUCACCAAGAUCUACCCGAGCAAAGCCAGCAGAGUGAUGAGAGGAGCUCCUCCACUGCCCCCUGUUGGGAGGUGAAGAGAACUACAACUUACACGUACACACACGCACGCACACACACAAACACACAUCUGCAGCAUACCUCACCCUCUGCUCUACACUCACAGCUGAUCGGCUGUUACUCGGUCUGACAGACGGACCAAUCUUUAGUCUGCUGAACCCCACUUUCAUUUUCAGUUUUAUUUUUGCACGUGCACUUUUUGUCUGCAGAGUGUGACUCGGGAAGAAGAACAGUAUGUGGCGCUGACAGCUGCUGCAGGAACCUUUAGUUCAGUUCGGUUCUUCAGGAUCUUCUAGAUUCACGUUCUGAGGUGAACUGGAUCACAUGACGUCACCACAUAAGCUGAUUGGAUAAAACUGACCUGAACAUUGAUGUAAACCAGACGUCAGGACAUCAACAAUAACCCAUCCUCUCAGUGGUAGGUGUGUUAGCCUAGCUUAGCAUCUUUAUGCUAUGAAGUCAGGGGUCCUGAAGAACCACAGAGACAAACUGUCUCCUGGACCUAAGUCGCGAUGAGGUCACCUGUAAACGUCGUCAUGUUCUGUGAGGUCAGCAAGGUGACAGACUUUAUUUUGGCAGGAUCUGAUUGGACCUCCAGGGAGGGGGCGGGUGAGAGUUCAGGAUGAGUCUUAAAGUGCCAAGACCAGGACCGAAGUGAACCAGAGACUCACCUGGACAUGUUGUCUUCGAUUGAGCUCUGAAGUAGCUCGAUGGCUUUGCUACAAGUUGCGUUGAAUAAUAACUAAUGAUUGAUGAUGUCACCUUGGUGUGUUAAGUUCAACGUGCCAGAACGAUGUUCGAGGGAACCUGCAAAAAAAAUUUGCAAAUAGUCAGGUGAAGAAUUAAAGAGUUGCAUGAAAAAAAAUUGUCAUAUUUAAUUUUACAGAAAAGAAAAGAAUUAGACAAUUUUUCCGUUUAUAACAUUUCACCGACCCCCUCAUUUGAAUUUUUUCUUUAUAUUUGUGUAUGUAUGUAUGUAUGUAUGUAUGUAUAUAUAUAUGAACCAGUCCUUCGUCUAUAUUGUCUUUUGUUUGAUUUUGUUGUUUUUACGGUUUAAAAAUCAUACGAAUUAAAAUAAUGUAACUAGAUAUGAACAUUUUUACAUUGAAACAACAAACGGCAUUUUGAUUUCAGAAUAAGUUUUUUUUAUUGUGAAUUUACUGUUACUAUGUCACUUCCUGUCAACCCCCCCCCCCUAAAAACUAUGAAUCUCAUCAAUCAGUUAAAACUAUAAAAAGCUUCUGUACAAACUGAAACCUGUGAAAACUCAUCUGAUGAUGUUCAACUGGAUCUGUAGAUGUAAAGUAAACUGCAUGUUUCCUCUGAAUAAACAGUUUCCUCUGAAUUUUUCCCGA